CUAUCGAAAAUUAGCAUUUUGGUGCUAUCAUUCGACUUAGGCUGAUUGUAAUUUGCUUACAUUGGAUUUAUUGUAAUAGCAGAGGAAGUCUUGUGUAUUUACUAAAAAAAAGUGAAUACAUCAUGUGUUUGCCGCUUUACUAAGUAGCGUCAGUUACUCAGCUAACAUUAGCUUAACUCCACCAUUAGCUGUUGCUGCUGUUUUGUUGACGCCUGGCUGCAGAGAAGAAUUUGUGGCUGUCAGCUACGGUUAGAGCAGUGAGUAAUUAUGGCCGACCCUGCACGGAUCAAAGCUGAGGAUGCAUCUGAGAGGACGACUUCUGCUACCGCGGAGCAUCCUAAAUCAGAGGAAACUGAAGAUAUACCUGCCACAUCAAACCCCACACAUGAAAACAAAGACUCGUCCUCGCAAGACCAGUCCAAACAGGAGGUUAAAUCUGAAACAGCAGGUGGAGAAGAUGAGGAAGAAGGAACCUCUAGCCAGCCUAGUUCCAAAAGACUGAAGGUGGAACCAGAGAAGAAGAAGGAGAAGCGCCACAAGGUUGAUGAAGAUGAAAUACAAAAGAUGCAGGUUCUGGUGUCAUCCUUUUCUGAAGAGCAACUGAAUCGCUAUGAGAUGUACAGACGGUCUGCCUUUCCUAAGGCUGCUAUUAAGAGGCUGAUCCAGUCCAUAACAGGAUCAUCAGUGUCCCAGAAUGUAGUAAUUGCCAUGUCUGGUAUUUCCAAGGUUUUUGCUGGGGAAAUUGUUGAGGAAGCAUUGGAUGUUUGUGAGAAAUGGGGAGAUACACCACCUCUACAACCCAAACACAUGAGGGAAGCAGUGAGGAGGCUGAAGAGCCGAGAUCAGAUUCCUAACACCAAGUACAAGAAUAUUCUCUUUCACUGAGACACCAGUGUUUUACACAGUAUAGGGAUGAUGGAGACAGAGGACUGCCUGUGAUGGUGAAACCACUGUAACCACACAGCAACCAACUGGGCAGAGAUUAUUUUCUACUACCUGAUCAAGCUCAGUAUUGACUGUAGUAUUGAAGAAAGGUCAAGGCAGCAGUAAAGUAUGGCAUUCAACUCUAAUUGUCAAGGUAAAUGCUUGAUGCAACACACAGUUCAUUCAUUCAGUCUUUGUUAAGGACACAACUAAUGGGGUCCAUAGCAAGGCGUAAAAUUAUAUACAUAUAUUAAGGUUGUAAAUACAAUUUUAUACUUGAAAAUCUAAAGUGUUUUGUUCUUGUGCCUCAGUUAUUUUGGAGAAAGGCUUUUCAAGCUCAUGGUUUUUUGAGAGGAAAUGAAAUUGGUUUAAAUGAGGUGAUAAUGAUAAUCAAACAUUUUUUCAGAUUUAUAGGACAGUUGUUUUUGUCUCAUAAUUUAGCUCAUCUCUCUUAUUUUAGGCUUGUGAAAUCAAAUUUAUAUGUUCAUGUUUUAUUUUUGAAAUAUGUACUUUUUUUAUGAGGUUAAAGGCAAACAAACUAUGGAUCACACUAGUAAAAUAACUGUAAUGAGCAGUAACAUACAAUGUUUGUACAUCUUCAGAAUUGCAUUUUAUAUUAAAACACAAAGGCAGAACUGAAAAGUGUUCAGCAAUUAAUCAUUUAUUCUUUCACUUUUAAAAUAUUUUUCACAUACUAGCUUUGGUUCACAGAACCAAUUUUAUAUUAGUCUCAAUGAAGUGGUAAAGACAAUACAAAAUUCAAUGUAAUUCUACACAACUGACAAAAAAAUGUCCACAGGGGCUUCAACAUCUGCGUCACUUAGGAAGAUUUCAAAAGGACUCCUCUGCAAGCCUUUGAAGUGAUAUACAUCUAAACAAGUGCAAUUUCCAGUGAAUUUACUACACGAGUGCAAGUAAUCCACAAGGCAUAACUAUACAACACUUCAGUUCAUGCACCUAGAGAGAGAACAACACACACUUUGAAGUGAGUCCUGCUUCACUCUCUGUCCAUCUUUUCCUUUUUGCAUGGCACACUGGGUAAGGGUCAUGGAAACCCUGGCCUGCUCUAGAGUGCAAAGGAAGUCUAGUGAACAGGUAUCAGAGCACCAGUUUGUCAGCAGAUUAUGGAUGCUACUUAACACUGAGGCCUGACUGAGGACAUAAACUGGGCAAACUUUACAGCUACAUGUUGCAUCCAGCAUGGGACGUUCGAUUUCGUACCACCAUAUCUUUGUUUACGAAGGCCAUGCAAAAACAUAAAACACCAAAAGCUGAGAAGAAGAUCACAACUAUAAGUGAUACUGAGGUUAAAGGGCAGUAUGUAUCUCUGCCAUAAUCACACUGACAGAAUGGGGAUGUGUUGAGUCCACAUGCAGUUGAGGGGAAACCACUAAACCUGAUAGACAGGUAAAUCAUUUUUCUUGACAUUAGUCCUCUUAAGAAUUCAAGAAUUCCACAUCAAAAAUGUGUAGUGUUACCGUUCUUUGUCAUGUUUUUGGUUAAACACAAGCUCUCUUUCUAUUGCUUAAAUAUUUUACAUUCCUCUUUAAGACUGAUAAUCUGGCAUUCAUAGCUUGCAAGGCAACCAAAGAUAAAAUGAAAUACUAAUAUUUAAAUGAGGAGUGCUCUGGCAAUUCACAGCCACCAGAGGGCUCCUGAGCACACAAUGGAAGUCAAAGAUAGCUGUAACAGCUUUGCAACCAUGAAAACAGAUAAUCGUACCACCAAAGGCAAAACACUAAACCACUGAUUUAACAAUAGCACAUUUGUACAUAAAAUGUAGCUGACAAAGAGGUCUUCUUAAAGAAAGCAUUCAUAAAAUUAAUGUUAUGCUGUUAAACAGUCCGUGUGAGUAACAAAUCCAUCAUUGUCUGAAUUCAUGCAAAUAACAGAUUUAUGCAUGGAUAAAGGAAAGUGACAGAAAUUUAAACUGGCAACUGGCCUGAGAGAUAAACUCUGCAGCAGAUCAGGGUUGAAGAUAGUGAAAUAUAUCAGUUUUUGUAGUGAAUUUGGUAACACAUAAAACACUGUAUACAUCAACAGUGCCAUCAGUACCAUAGAUUUUUAAAAUGUCACUUUUUGAUUGAUAUGGCUUCAAUAUACUGUGGUGAAUCUAACAAAAAUAAAUAUACACAAGUUAAACAACAUACACAGUGAACUUAACAGUCCAUUAUGUCUGAUCACUACACAUGAUAACAGUGUACAGAGGUAAUAACACUAGCAGUCUGAGUUGUUUCCUGGCAAGCUACAAAGCAAGUUUCAAGAAGGUCAAGUAUUAUAUCUCUGGUUGCUGGUAUAAUCCCAAACCUCUUUAAAACCAGAGAGUUAGAGUGAAAAGACUAAUACUGAAGCUACUGUGCAACCUGCUCUCCACAGCAACACAGGGAGAGAAUAAAAGGCGUGUCUUAUUUUUUUGUGGACUUUCAACCACUGAGAACAUUGUUUCACAGUACAAAAGAAGCAUGACCAACAUUUCACAACUCAAAGGAUAAUAUAACACUGGGGAAUGAUUCAACACACUUUUUAAAGAAUGGUGAGAACUUGAUAAGAGUGUAACCAUUCCACCCUGGUGAUAAAGCAACCAAGGUAGAAACUGAGAUGCAUCAGUCUCUCCAUGAAAGCAGUAGAGUUCUGCUUUUUUUUUCUUUAAAAAAAGUGCAUCUUUUUUCCUACCUUUUACAUCACAUUUGCAACAACAGCUGAUAAUAUUUUUUUUAUACUUUUAAAUGAAAAGAAACACAUGGAUCUAUUGUAUUUUACACUUAAACAGAGGUACUCUACAUUACUAAGUAUAGCCUUAUGACUACCUGUAAAUGUGCUGUGUGUAAAUUAGCACUGUUCACAAAGCAUGCUUGACAGUGACUUCUUCUCUGAUGGACUAGCAGCUGUCUGGCAGUGUCAGUGCAUGUGAAGAGGAGGGUUUGGCAUGUGCUUGACUUAAGGUUUCCAUAACACAAAUCAUGAAGUGGAGAGAAUUAAAGCUUUAUGAAAUUUACCCUUGCAUGCUGUGUGACAAACACUGAAACCACACAAUGAGUUUACUAUCCACACUGAUUUGAGUGAGAAAUAACCAGGAUAAUUUGUGUUUAGUAUGGCAGUGAGGAAUAUCUAGACUGCCCGAUUAAAAAGUAGUACCAGUAAUGUACCUAUUAAUU